AUGGAAAUUCCAGAGGAAAACGAUCCGGAGGUUUUCGACCCGGAAUGUGAUCCUGCUAAUCCCCGAGCAAUUAAUUUCUCUCAAGUACUGGAAGCGGCCGAACGUAUAAAAGGGACGAUACAAAGAACAACCUGCACUCGAUCGCGUUUGUCAGAUCGGUAUGGCGUGGAAUUGUACUUUAAGAAGGAGUUCGAACACAUAACCGGGAGUUUCAAGGAACGUGGAGCUUGUAACACUCUUAGUGCAUUUACGGCUGAUCAAAAACGUAUAGGAGCCAUUUCUGCAAGCACUGGCAACCAUUCAUCUGCAAUGGCUUGCCAUGCAGGAAAACUAGGCAUACCCGUGACGGUUGUCAUGCCUACUAUAACACCACUUCCGAAAAUCAACAAUUGUCUCGCUUUUGGAGCAAAAAUCAUAUUAAAAGGAAAGAGCAUAAGUGAAGUAAGUUGCUGCCUGUGUGCUUUUUAG